AGCAAUUUGACAACGCCGCCAGGACGAGUGUCACGUUGACAACAAAAUGUGAUGACGUUUGUAGACGUGGUCGAAUAACUGUUCGCUUUUUCGCCAAAUAGCAACUUUUUUGGAAUACACGUUAAUAAGCAUUGCAGUUGUCUCGUGUUCUAGACCAUUUUUGACUGUAUUUAAAGUAGAAAACAAUGCCUGCGGCCUCAAGUGCAACGAGCGUAGGCUCAGCGAGCAGGUCGCCCUCUAAGGCAGUAGCCCCCAGGUCUUCAACUGGAGGUACUGUGAGGCAAAGGAAGACUACGACUACAACAACAGCAAGGAGAAACACAGGAGCUGGCACAGGGGGCAUGUGGAGGUUCUACACGGAUGAUUCUCCUGGAAUCAAAGUGGGACCAGUUCCAGUCUUGGUGAUGUCACUCCUCUUCAUAGCAUCAGUAUUUAUGUUACAUAUUUGGGGAAAAUACACUAGAUCAUAAGUCUAAACAUUCCAAAAGGCAUUUUCAUUUCAUUUUGUUACAUACUGGUCUUUGACCAUUUUCCAUUCUCAUAACUCAUAUUUGAUAUAAAACCUUUUGUCUGAUGUAGACUGCAUUUUUUAUUCUUUAUGGUUGUUUAAUAUUCAUAAACAUAUUAAAAUAUACUAUUUAAUAAAUGUUUUUCAUAUACA